CACAUGCCGAUGAAAUGACCCGCCCAGCUUAGCAGGGGAAGGUUGAGCCCUGGACAUGGAGCGAACUGGACACACGGGCACCGUUUGCUUCAACAAGUGAUGCGUUUAGUGUCGAUGGACCCCGUCAGCCAAGAGAGACUCUCUAAGUUCCACCAGGAGGGCUUCUUGGUCCUCCAGCGGUUCUUCAGCCUGGAAGAAUGCGACGCCAUGAGGGCCCAGAUCCGAAAGAUCGUCGCGUCUGUGGACGUGCCAGCUCACUGCCGGACAGAGUUUUCAACUCAGCAGCAGGAACAACUCCAGGCACAGGGGUCGGCAGAAUAUUUCCUCAACAGCGGAGACAAAAUCAGAUUCUUUUUCGAAAAAGGUGUUUUUGAUCAAAAAGGGGACUUUCUGGUUCCAAAGGAGAAAUCGAUCAAUAAAAUCGGUCACGCCCUCCAUGCCUACGAUCCCGUCUUCAAGCAAAUCACCCACUCGGCCAAGGUGCAGGCUUUAGCAAGGAAUUUGAGUCUGGAGAAUCCUGUGGUGGUGCAAAGCAUGUACAUCUUCAAGCAACCGGGCAUUGGUGGGGAAGUGACGCCCCAUCAGGAUGCGACAUUUCUGCACACAACUCCUUUGGGCAAAGUGACGGGCUUCUGGAUCGCUCUGGAAAACGCCACCCAAGAAAACGGCUGUCUGUGGUUUGUUCCCGGCUCACAUACAACUGGCAUCACACGGCGGAUGGUCCGGACUCCCCCGGGGACGAUCCCUUGCACCAAUUUCAUCGGCACCGAGCGAGUGUAUGAAGACGGGCACUUUGUCCCCGUGCCAGCGGGCAAAGGGGACUUGGUCCUUAUCCACGGCGAGGUGGUGCACAAAAGUGAAGCCAACCAUUCGGAGGAGUCCCGCGAGGUUUACACCUUCCACCUGAUGGAGGCCAAGGACGCGGUUUGGAGCGCCGAGAACUGGCUUCAACCAACUCUGGAACUGCCUUUCCCAUCGCUGUACACGAGCAACUAAACCCACAGCAUCUCUGCUUUGGGAGCCCCAUCUCUUUUGGGGAAGCGGCAGGGGGAGGGGGGCUGAUCUUCAGCUCUGCAUCUGUAGCUGGGGAAUCUCUGGCUCCAGCUUCACAUCAUCUCCGAAUCCGCUCAGCCUGUUCAGGAGAGCGUGGGCUUAAAAAAAUCAGUUGGGCCUGGAAUUAAGAGCAUCAGAUCCUGACCAAGAGAAGCCAGACUGGAGAUUCUGCUCCGCAAUGAACGUUACACGGACGUUGUGAAGAAAAAAGGAGGCAUGCAGGGAACCAAGACCGCCCCCGGCUUCUGAAAGGCCAGGCAGGUUAGAAAUGCAAUAAAAUGUGGACUGGGAUUCGGAUGAUGCA